CUAAACGUGACUGAAUUUGCUGGAAGUUCACAAGGUGGACCCACAGGAAGAACAUUCUGUAUUAAAUGCAGAUACUUGAAAUCUGAUAGACGAAUUGAGAAAAAAGCAACUAGAAUCAGAAAAAAUUCAAAUUUAAUGAUCACUGGCAAGAUGAUCUGUAUUGACAAAAUACUUGAAUACAUAGUUGAAAUACAAGAUAUUAAUUUUCUUCUAAUGUCUAUAGCAAUAAAUAUCGAAUCACCAACUGGAGAAUCUGCCUCAUCUCUAUAUUUCUGGCCAGCUGGACAAUUUUCAGGAAGAAUUUCUGCACAA